AUGAAACGAGGUGUUGGGGUUGCAGGAGGUUGGUGUUCCUGUCGCGGCGGCGGGGCUAGUCUCCGCCCGUGUUUGUAUGCUUCUCUGACAGGCAGGCGGACAGCAGCACUUGGAGGAAGGUGGAGACUCCUCCGGGCUAACUUCCUGCAAAGUAAGGGAGAACUCAGGAGACUGCUGCUGCCGAUGCUGGAGCUAGGACGGAUGGAUAUACGUCUGUUUGGACUUCUUUGCCAGUAAACUGAGCAGAAGCGCAUGUUCUUUACCUACACUCACCUCGGUUUUGUAGCCGGAUAUUACUAGCAUCGAGGCUGGAGCAGAAGAUCCCCAACAUUUGGUCUUUCUGCUCGGAUCCAUGGAGGUUGUAGUGGAGUUCGAAUAUGAUGCGCUCCACGAGGACGAGCUGACCCUACGACUGGGCGACAUCAUCAAGAAUGUGUGCUACAUUGAGGAGGAGGGCUGGAUGGAGGGAGAACUCAACGGGAAAAGAGGAGUCUUCCCUGACAACUUUGUUAAGGUAGUUAAAAAGGAAACAACAAAUGAGGUAAAUAAGACCAGUGAGCCUCCGAAGAAAGAGCCAAGUAAGGUGUCCAACCUGGUGAAAAGGAUGAGCCACAUCGGCAUACCACUUGGUGGCUUCCAGCCUCCUCCGCCUGCUGUGGCAAAAAAGCAGAAGAAGAGACAGUGCAAGGUGGUGUUUGAGUAUCAACCAUUAAACAAAGAUGAACUGGAGCUGAAACUUGGAGACAUUAUAGACAUCACAGAAGAGGUGGAAGACGGCUGGUGGAGCGGCACAGUGAACGGCAAAUCCGGACUCUUUCCGUCCAAUUUUGUUGAAGAGCUGGAGGCUUCAGGAGAGGAACCAGAGCUCAACAACACGCCGGCUAAUGUGACUGAUCCAAGUGGACUGGAAGUGGCCACCACCCCCACAUCUCCUCAGCCUGCCUCAGGGAAUGAUCCUGUCCGCCACCCCCCAAAAGGCCCACGCCUUGGCUUCGGAGACAUUUUUAAAGAUGGGUCGGGCAAACUGAAGCCAAAAGUCAACAACCAAACAGAAGAAAAUAAUCAACAAGUCCCAUCAUUACCAUCAGCUGCAAAGCCCACUCAUCCCACCAUGAACGACUCACACAGGGAGGAAGCAGACAGCAAACCCAAAGCUGCCAGUGUUUCUUCAGUUAAAGAAUACUGCAAGGUCACGUUUGCUUACGAGGCAAAGAACGAGGAUGAGCUGAGCCUCAAAGAGGGAGAAAUUGUUCGAAUAUUGAGUAAGGAUACAGGAGAGCCUGGUUGGUGGCGAGGAGAGGUUGGAGGCAAUAAUGGAGUCUUCCCCAACAACUUUGUCACCGUAGUUUCUGAGCCAGAAAAAGAGGCUCCAACACAAAGAGGCUCAGUGAAAACCUCCUAUAAACCAGACUUGGAGCAGAAACCCGUUAAACCACCUCCACCAUCAAAACAGUCAGUUCACAAGCCAGAAGUCCCAAGUGCCGACAAGAAACCUCAUCAUGCUAUUAGACCAACAGACAAAGUUGACAAGACCCCUCCAGAGACCAAACCCAAUAAGCCUCCCCCACCAAUGCCCCCAGCCAAGAAGCCAGUCCCCACUCCACCCAAAAAGCCAGAGAAGCUUCUUAGUCACACACAAAGUUUCAAACAAAAUGGAGAGGUGCCUUCCACACGACUAAAGUCUGACGUAGAGCCAGUACCAUCCCCGGUACCCAAAACACCAAUAGUAGAUGCACCAGAAAAGCCCGCAGAGCCAGCUGAUCUGAAGGUUUUUGAUGAGUUGUCGUUGACCUCGGAGAAACUCCCCCACCCAACUGCUAACAGACCAAAGUUUCACGGCAGAAGACUCCCAGCACGCGUUGGUGAAGGACAUUUGUCAGGGAGGAGACAUGCAGCAGCAGGGACGACAUGAUGCAGGCUUUUCUCAGCCUCCCACCAAGACUUUAUCCCAGUCACCGCCGCUGCACAGGGCCUGUGAGGCCAAGCCGAGCUCCGCAGCAGCACCAAACCUGGAUGCUGACUCCUCGCAAAGCAGCAAAACUCGACUGGAGCCCAAGGAGCCGAACUCCCAGCUGGACGAGUUCAGGAGCCAAAUCAAGGAGCUGCUGCUGACUGUGGAGCUGCUCAAAGCCCAGCAAAUGAAAGAGAUCUCAGAGCUGCGGGGAGAGCUGGAUGAGGAGCGACUGAAGCGUGUGACCCUGCAGAUGGAAGUCGAGGAGCUAAAGCGAGCCAUCCACCUGACGUGAAGCGUUUGGUCCACACGCCAGCGAGCCCGUUGGCCAGCCGCCAGCCCACCAGGCGAGGAAGAGGAGGGGACCAGUAACCGAACAAACAAAGAAAAUGUGGUGACUCUCCUGAACCAGCUUGAGCACAAUCAUUUUUCAAUGAUCUAAAAAAAACUUAUAUUUGUAAGAUUUACAUUUUGCACAUAUCAUUUGUUUUCGAGCUAGGUGUAAUUACAAAUGGAUGUUUCAGUUCUUUUUUUUUUUUUUUUUUUUGCCAACACAAUAAAACAAAAACCCAGAGGCCUUACUUCAAACUGCUGUGGUGGACGGUUGUGCCUCUGCUCCACUCCGGCAGUUCUUCCUGCCUUCAGGGAGAUGAGGUCCGCUCUCAAUACUACUGACUCUGUGUACAGCAGGGGGCGCUUGUUUUCCUUACCUAACUUCCAUUCUUCUUCUUUUAUGAUGCACAAGUAUUUGAUUUUACACCAAGAUGUAUGAUUUGAGUCGUGGGGUUAUGGUUCUUGUGAGGCAGCUGUGGAGCUUCACUUUGGAGRUUUCUGUCUUUUUAUAUGUUUUCUAACAUUCCUGUCCAGGGUAACACUAAUGUGCCUGUUUAAAAAUAAAUAUUAUAAAGUGUUUGUAAUGGGAUCUGGAAUAUGUCAGCAUGAUAUUACGUUACUAUAUUUUGAAGUUUCCUGAGAAGCAGAUUUUAUGUGAUAUUGGCUUUUUGUAACUAAAACGAUUUUGAUCACAUUUCAUUGGAAACAAGUGAUCUCUUUCUACAACCACCACCUAAAACAUGUUGAUUAAAUAUUUAAUGAUAAAUCCUACAACUGCGCCACCGCUCAGCUGUCAAAACUCUGCUGACAGAAUGGUUUGAUGAGCAUGCUGAUUUUCCCCGUUUUCCUUUAUUUAUUAAAUGAUUGAUUAAAUGCAGCAUUGGGCCAGAAUUUGACUAAUAAAUACCCAGCAAUGUAUUUUGAUAACCCUGACUGGUUUUACAUGAGUUUUUGUUGAAUGUUUCCAAUCUUUGUAAGCAAAAUUGAUACUUGUUCACAGUAUCAAAGCUAUGAGAGACUUUUAAAAUGUGAUGGGUUGUGUUUGUCAGUUUGGGCUGAAAAUACUGUUAAAUAAAAGCAUGUGGUUGCCUCAAGUUAUAAAUGUUUUUUUUUUACCGAAACAAGUUUUGACUAUAGUUCCCAAUAAGCAGAUUACCUACUAUAAGACAUUCACAUUUUUUUUCUGUUUUAUUGUUUUGUACAAAUAAAAGGAAAACUUUCUCCAAAACAGCCAUAAGACCACGCCCACCAUUCCAAGUAAGGGUCAGGUUCAGGUUGUUGACUCCUCCCACAAAAGUCAAAGCAACAAGCUAUGCCCACAAAACAAGAAACUCCCACUUAGUGACUGCAGAGAGCCCCUUCUUCAAUUUUAAGCUACACUUUAUUGUUAACAAGCAAGUUUAUGACAAAAUCAAGACCUGUUUCAGCUUGUAAAACUAAAAUACAUCGUGAACAUCGUUUCAUUUCUGACCUCUGCCCACGUUGACCGCCACCUCCAUUUUUAUGAUUUAACCAGCUGAAAUACACGUCUUAAAUGAACGGUUAGAUUUAGACCAGUUUUUAAAUAAAAUGAAAUAUCUGUGUGGUUUUUGACCUGGGCUUUGAUGGCUGAAGCCUCAUGGUUUUCGUCAAGAGUGCGUCUAUCCAGGUGUCAAAACCCAACUUUGGCAUAUUUCAGACCAGUUGGAGAUUCCCACAAUGACUUGGGAGUCAUUUUUAGACCUUUGUCACAAUUUUUAAACAUGUUUCAACAAGACUGACACCUGACAACCCCCCACAAAAAUGGUAAAACCUUUUGGGAACUCUCCUGAACACCUCUGGCCGGCAGUCGCAGCCUAAUGAGAUACUGACCUCAUAGUGGUUAUAUUAACCAAACGUUUGUCUUUGAAUCUGUUGGUCAUGUGCCGACAUUCAGCAACAGAUCAAACCUUAAAACUGCACAUUGGGCUUCACAGGAGUCGUCCAAUCAGUAGUUACUGUAAGCCUUUUAAAUGUUUCUGAGCCACGAUACAAGUCAACCAAACUGAGUGCAGGAGCUGGUUUUCAUUGGUCAACCAUCAAAUACAGCUUUAAGCUGUCUGUGUUCUUUCUAUCAACCAUCCAUGAGCUAAGACCCUUUAGUGUGGUGGUGAAUAAUGAACAUGUUUGUUUUUUAACUGGUAAAAGAAGUUAAAAUAAUCAGAAGGAAAUGUUUGGUGUAAAAUAUUGAUUGCACAUGAGCCAAAUAACUUCGGGAGACAUUUUUUUCCAAAUUGAAAGUUACUGUUUCACACCUGCUACUGUAUACCACAAAUGGAAAUACUUUUCCUGUGUGUAUUUGUGUAUUUUUCUUUUUCAUGUAUGUAUAUCUCACAAAUGUCUUAAAAGUCUAAUUGUGCUUUUAAUCCUCUUAGGUUUUGGUUGAAUUAAUUCUAAGCUGCAGAGGGCUAAGUCUAAACUCAAAUUCUGACCUUAAUGAGUUUGAGUUAUGCGUUAUGUGCCGAUUCCUGCCGGUAAAUCUGUUUUUAUUAAUUUUUUUUUCACAUUAUGGCUGGAAAUGAUCCUUGUGUGAAUGGAGGAACUGGGAGUUUUUUGGGUGGAGGAUGUUCAGGCUCUUUGUGUUUAUGUGUAAUAAAAUGUAACUUCCAUAUAUUGUACAAUUCAGAGUCGGACAGCGCAAACUGAAGAAAUCUACACAUUUAUAACAUAUUUUCUGGUGAUUUUGUUUACAUGCAUUGUAUCUUUGCAUGAGCUGAGAUUUCUUGCCAAAAUGAAUAAAUAUCUAUUUCGUGGAAAA